AUGGGGGAGAGCGACGCUGUAGCCGUCUUUGCCAACCCGGCCCGCAAAGUCUUUUCAGCUCGCAGGACAGCGCCAAGAAUCACAAGCCAGUUACCGGCUGAAAUCGCUGAAGACCCAGAAAUCGCGGAUGCCCUCCGCUGUCUACCGCCAAACUACAACUUUGAAAUUCCGAAAACGAUCUGGAGGAUCCGGCAGCUAGGAGCUCGGACAGUCGCGCUGCAGUUUCCCGAGGGAUUGUUAAUAUUCGCGCUUCCAAUCGCAGACAUACUGGAGAGAUUCACCGGUUGCGAAGUCGUGAUUCUCGGUGAUGUGACAUAUGGUGCCUGCUGCGUCGACGAUUACGCUGCUCGCGCCUUGGGCUGCGAGCUCAUGGUCCACUACGGCCACAGCUGUCUCGUGCCCGUGGACCAAAUGAGCGGUUUGAAGAUGCUGUACGUGUUUGUCGACAUCAAGAUCGACGUGUUGCAUCUCGUAGAGAGCAUCAAGCGUAACUGGAGCGCCGACAUUCGUCUGGCGUUCGUCAGCACGAUUCAGUUUGUAUCCACCAUACAGUCUGUCGCCGCCGAACUGAGGAAUGACGGCUACAACGCCAGGACGCCGCAGGUUCGACCACUGAGUCCCGGCGAGAUCCUGGGCUGCACCGCACCAAGUGUCGGCGACGCUCAAGUGGCCAUCUACGUCGGCGAUGGCAGGUUCCACAUGGAGGCUCUGAUGAUCGCCAACCCUGGCAUCAAGAUGUACAGGUACAAUGCUUAUGACAAGACGCUGACAGAGGAAGGGUACGACCACUCCACCAUGCUGAAGGUCCGUCAACAAGCCAUAGAGAAGGCAGCCUUGGCCGGUACCUUUGGUGUUAUUGUGGGCACCCUCGGCCGUCAGGGCAACCCAAAGGUUGUUGAUGGCUUGAAGAAGACCCUGCUGUCUGCGGGAUAUCCACCAAGGAAUGUUGUCUUUGUCUUGCUCUCCGAGAUAUUUCCCAAAAAGUUGGAACUCUUCAGCGGUGUGGAUGCUUGGGUCCAGACGUCAUGCCCCCGCUUGUCAAUCGACUGGGGUCUCGCAUUUGCCAAGCCUGUGCUGACACCGUAUGAGGCCAAUGUGGCUGUGAGGACUGUAGCUUGGAAGGACUGUUAUCCCAUGGACUUUUAUGCCAGAGAUAGUCUGGGACCUUGGACACCAAAUCACAAGCCACCUGUGUCAAAGACUGAUGAGAAAUGCCAGUGCAAACCUGCUACUUGAUGGCAGCACUAGUGGAAACCUGCAAACCGAUCCCUCCACUCACACUGUGUGGUGUGGUCAUGCCAAAGCUUGAUGAUAAAUAUAAUGUGCUUUUCAUAUCUCAGCACGCGAUAAGAGCAUAGCAACUGCUGUUGCUGCUGUCUGUAAAUUGUGUGCUAUAGUAGGAGCAAAUGCAAUUUGUGGGAACUGCUCUUAAAAUUAUUUUUGUAUCAGUAUUUGAGGCGAGACCUUUUUUUCCUACAGGUUCAAGAUCAAGUCAUGGCAGGACUUGCUUAACCUGUUAAAUGACAUGGAAGCUGAGGAGAGUCGCUAGAAACAGCUACACUACAUAAACAACUGAAAAGCAAGAGACUGUCAGUGUUACUUUUGUGUCAGUGAAGUUGAAAGCUGUACAAUGAGCAGAGCCAGCAGUGUGCUGUGGAGGAAUGCUUAAGAUUGGUACUAACAAUGAAAGAGAACUCACUGCUUUGUGGCCUUUGA